AUGGCCUCAUUCACAAAACAGCAUACUCUCCAUUCGACGUCAAAAAUCAAAUUUCUAUCUGGUAUCGGUGGCACACUCAAGCUAUACGUGCCGUCUAUUUCUUCGAAUAUGAGCUUUCCCAACCCCAGUCCACCUUCUCCUGCUGAUCAGGAGUCCGCCAGGACGUUCUGGCAGGUCGUCGUGAGGUUGACGGACGAGAAGCGUCGGGCGGGAUCAGGACAGAUGUCUCGCGCUGCAGAGGAGCGUGAACACUUCGACUGUCUCGUACCGGGCAUACACCAGUUGUGUCCUGGCCCCGCCAGUGCAGUGGCAUCAUAUGAUCUCAACCUGGCUUGGCUGCAGUGGCAAGCCGUACUAGAGCGUGCGGAGGACAAACGCGGACUCAGAGCACAUAUGUUCGAUUUCUGCGACAAGGCGAUCGAAGACCUCCUUCACGCAGGGCUUCCGAAGAGACCAUUACCAACGGACGGGACGCUAUUUGACCCUGUGAGGUCGUGGAGAUACCCAACAGAGGAAGGGUCUCGCGAUGGUGGUGGCCGCUCAUAA